AUGGCUGCUACUCUUGACCUGCAAUCCAGCACCGUCGUCAAGGCCAUCAAGGCCCCGGAGUGGCCCCUUUACUCGUGGAGGACAAAGUCGCCAAAUGCACGCCUCAUAUACACACGGGACGUUGACGAGGCGAACGCUGAGCUCUCCAAGCUGGAACCAGGUCCUCUGGGGCUGGAUAUGGAAUGGAAGCCUUGCUUCUACGCGGGCGAACCUGAGAACCCCGUCGCUCUCGUCCAGCUGGCAAAUGAUGAGGUCGUUCUGCUCAUACAAGUGAGCGCUAUGACAACAUUCCCGGAGAAGCUGCGAGAGGUGUUGGGUAGUUCGCUGUAUGUCAAGGCCGGCGUCGCCAUCAAGGGUGAUUGUAUGAAGAUAUAUCGAGAUUUCUCGCUCAUUUGUCGCAACUGCGUCGAUUUAUCUCUCCUUGCACGCACCGUGGACAACGACCGCUGGAAAGGAGGAUAUCGGCAGAGCAUAGGUCUGAACCGUCUGUGCGAGGCAUACGAAGAACUGUCAUUGGUGAAGGGAAAGAUCACGAGGAGUAACUGGGAACUUAUGCUCUCGGAGGCCCAGCAGGAAUACGCUGCCAACGAUAGUCACUCUGGGUACGCACUCUACCGCCGACUCGCCGCGAUGGCGAACGCCAUGUCUUCCGCGCCC